AUGAAGAACCACGCUUGUCAAUACCCUGGCUGUAGUAAAAGCUUCACCCGAGCCGAGCAUCUUCGUCGACAUGCCCUGAAUCAUGAGCAACCGCGUCAUGGAUUUACCUGUGAUCGUUGUUCAGUACAUUUCCAGCGACCAGAUCUUCUAGAGCGACACAUGCUUCGCCAUGAUAGACGGGACGAAGAAGCGGGAGGCCCCGGAUUAGGUGUCCUAAAAACGCGCAAAAGAACUCGCAGAGCUGGGGAUGGCUCAAUAAUUGUGCGUCCGUCCCAACGGGAGAUUCGAUCAGCGGCACGGUCUUCUCUUUCAACGACAAGUUCCGAUCGGGCGAUGACCGAAGAGGAGCAAGAUUUCGUGCACCAUGUCCCUUUGUCACCCCCUGGCUCUGGAACGGAUCCAACUUCGAUUUCUAUCGAUGAUAAUGAUCCUUUUCUGGCACCUAUGAUGCCAGGUGGUCCUUUCGAGCCUUAUGUUGAGCCGGUCCCGGGACAGUUUGAUGCAGCGGAUGGGUCAUUCAAUCUUGGACUGGACGGGAUGGGCGAUUUCUUUGGCAUGGAUACAGCGACCGACUUUAAUCUACCAUUUGCGGCAACUUGUAACUAUAAUUGGCUGUUCGAUGUCGCGUCUCUCGAUGAUGCAUUCCACCAAUUUGAUUUUCCGCUUGGUUUCGAUACAGGCCCUUUCUCAGAAGAUAUGGAACCAACACAGAUCGCAAAUAUUGAUAAAUAUGAUGGUGCAUCAGCGUUACUGCAGGUAGCCUCUAUGAUGAAUAAGGCCCAGCCUCCACAAGACAUCUUGCCUUCUGUUACACCAGACCUUCUGGAAAUGGACUGGAUGUCCGGCUCGUCUUUCUUAGGCUCCGACCCGCCGCAGCAUUUGCCACGGUUGACUGAGAAUGAUCGGACUGGGAUUUUGUCUAUCGUGGCACAGACACAUCCCAUGGGAAUUGAUGGGCAGCCAAUGACGUUAAACUCGCCAUUGCUAACGCUCAGUGCUCUACAAAAUUACUGCGAUCUAUUCUUUACCCGUUUCAACAUUACAUAUCCCCUAGUUCACCAAGCGACAUUCAAUCCAAGCACCAAUGACCCGGUUUUGCUUGCCACCAUAUUAUUUAUGGGUGCCACAUAUGGUACCCGUGAGGCACAUCAGCUGGCUGUUGGAGUCCACGAUACACUUCGAAUUCAGCUUCUCGGUCAUCCAGACUUUUCACCCCAGCCUGAUCUCUGGGUUCUGCAAGCGAUGCUUCUCAUUGAUUGUUUUGGGAAAAUGAGAGCAGGUCCAAAGCAGCGCGAAAGAGCUCAGCUUUUCCAUUGCGUUCUGAUCAAGCUUAUCCGCCGCAGCAACUGCUGUAGUAUUCAGGACGCCUCCCAUUUAGCUCAGUCAGACAACCUGGAUGAAGCAUGGAGACAUACCAUGGAUCUAGAGCAGAGGAAGCGUGUGGCGAUGCAUUGCUUUAUGUGGGAUACUCAGCACGCUGUCUUAUUUUCUCAGUCUCUCUGUAUGUCGGCUUUCGAGAUCAGAUCUUGCUUACCCUGUAGUAGUGCCGCAUGGGAAGCAUCCUCGGCUCGAGAAUGGGCUCUCCUAGCUGCCCGUGAAACGUGUCGGCCAUUUUUGACCGUUCUAAAGGGAUACAUCACGCCUCAAGCUUUGUCGCGACCUCGGGAUUUAAAUGCUUUUGCGCGCACAGUGAUUCUUCAUGGCUUGAUGUCAGUUUCAGCAGAUCUCAAACGCCGUGACCAGACUACUCUUCGGUCGGAAACUCCAGAAAGAGUUCGAGCUUGGACUCCACGUAUGAGUCGCUCAUAUGAUCUCUGGAAAGUGGACUUCGAUGCAGAUUGUCUUUCUAUGAAAUUGGCUCAGACCGCAGACCCACGGCGCUUCACGGGACUGAAGAUGGCCGCUCAUGCUUUAUAUCACGCAGCCUGCCUAGCAUUGAACGUUGAGGUCUUGGACUUACAGAUUGUUGCGGGCGCAAAUCAAAUCCUUGGACGCAAUGUCACCCCAACUGAUCAAUCGCGUUCCCACCGCAAUAUCCUUCGUUGGCUACAUGAAGAAUCUAGUGCAUCCUCAAAUGCAGCGCGACAUUCCUCGAAUCUCCUCCAAGAUGCCGUUCUGAGUCUUCACGACUGGGAUCAAACCGAUUCUUUUCACUUUCCUUGGUGCUUAUACCUGGCAACGCUGGCCUGUUGGGUUUUCCAUCGUGGAAUGGAUCUGUCAUCGUCAGAACAUCGGAUAUCGACAGAUCUCUCCUCGCUGAUUGUUAUGAUGACCAAUUGCCCCAGUGAGACGGAAUUAGCCGCUCUAUCGGGGAAAUAUGAUCCCAAACCACUGGCAGCGGCGAUGGCACAACAGUUGGCAACAGUACGAUGGGCAGUAGUACACGAUGCAAUGAAAGUUUUAGUAGCGUUGUCUUGA